AUGCCGCAGUUACUGCGAAACAUUAAUGGGAUCAUCGAAGCCUUCAGGCGCUAUGCCAGAACAGAGGGCGAUUGCGCAGUGCUGGAAAGAGGGGAGCUGAAAAGGCUCCUGGAGAAAGAGUUCGCUGACGUCAUCGUGAAACCCCAUGACCCGGCCACUGUGGAUGAAGUCCUGCGCCUGCUGGACGAAGAUGACACAGGGACAGUGGAAUUCAAGGAAUUCUUGGUCUUGGUGUUCAAAGUCGCCCAGGCCUGUUUCGAGACACUGAGUGAGGGUCCUGAGGGAGCGUGUGGAUCUCAGGAGUCUGGCCGUGUUGCCCCUGCAGCCACCCAGGAACCAGGGGCAGGACCGAGAGGCAGCACUGCAGUGGGAAGGCCUGGGAACAGACAAGGCCCGGCAGGAAGCAGCGACACACAGAGUGAGCAGGCUUCUGGGGGGCCGGGAGGGCCUGGGCCUCAGACCCAGGGUCAGGACAUCAGCUCUGCUCAGGUCAGUCACCAGGACAGGCAGUCUGCGUCCCAGAGACAGGAGGGAGUGAGCCAGUCUACACAAGCAAGGGGCCACGUGGAGCAGGCCCAGAGAACGCGAGAAGACAAGAGUCCUCAGACCAGAGAGAGGGGGACAGAGAGACAGCCACAGGCCAGGGACCAGGACAGAGCCCACCAGACAAGUGAGGCCGUCCCUGGAACCAUAACUCAGACUCAGACAAGUGCCAGUCAGGCAGUGGAGCAGGACAGGAGCCAGCAGUCAGGAAGCGCCAGCACCCAGCCACGGGAGUCCACCAGAGGGACUGAGGCCCACAGUCAAGAUGGGAGGCAGACAAGCCAGGUGGUGACAGGAGGACACAUUCAGACACAGACAAGGUCACAAACCCAGACUCACACUCAUACCACGGAGCAGGACAGGAGCCAGCAGACAGGAAGCACCAGCACCCAGCCACGGGAGUCCACCAGAGGGACUGAGACCCACAGUCAGACAAGCCAGUCCAUCAGAGGCACUGAGGUCCACAGUCAAGACGCCUAUCAGUCGAGACAGGUUGUGACAGGACGACACAUUCAGACACAGGGAAGUGCCCCCCAGGCCGUGGGACAGGACAGCGGCCAGAUUACAAGCCACCCCGGGGCAGGAGAACAGGGCCAGCCCCAGAGGCAGCCAGGCAGUAGUCAAAGACAGACACAGGUGAGCAACUGCGAGGCAGGAGAGACAGCGCUGGGAGGGCAGGCCCAGGCUGGGGCGAGCACUGUGACGGGCAGGCAGGACAGAAGCAGUACUCACCCACCGCGCAGUGCGACAGGAGGCCAGGGAGAAAGAGAGCCCACCGUGGUUCAUCAGGAGUGGGUUGAUGACCACACGAGGGAGACAGUGAUCCGAAGGCAGGACGAGGGCAGCCUGCACGCUAGUGUCCCUUCAGCACAAGGCCGGGAGGCGGCCCAGCCAGAAGGGAAGCGAGGCCUCACAGCCAGGGGACUGUAUUCCUACUUCAAAAGCAGCAAGCCCUGA